AUGCGGGAACGAUUGGCUGGAGUCAAUCUGUCUCAAGUAGAAGACUUCGGUUCUCUUUACCAGGGUAUCUUAACGGCGCAGUUGUUGCAUCUAGACCAUGGCUGGAUCAGUGAACAAUGGAAGUUAGCUUUGACUUUGCAAAGCUUUUCUCCGAUGCGUCACGGUUAUCGUAUUGUGACUAUAGCCGAAUUCUGGACUACUGAUGAAGAAUUGCGCACAUGUCUCCUCCCAUUCAUCCAAAGCCACGGCAGUAACAGCAAACUCGUUGUGCAGGUCCUGUCGGAUCUAGCCCAGAACUACGACAUCCCCUCGUGGCUAUACAAGGAGCUGCUGCCAUUGGCAUUCGACGUUUUAGACCCAGAACAAAUGAACAGCGGACAAAUCAGCAAUGUUAUAUGUCAGAUGCAUAAGCUCGGCAUGAGGGCCGAGUGUGAAUAUUUUAUUUCCAGGAUCACCAUGAAGGCGGUACUUGGGUGGGCCAUUGACCCAGCCGCAGACUCUAACUCCGAUGAGGAAGCAGACGAGGCAGAACAGGACAGCGAUGGAAGCAUCCGAGGCGAGGAACAAAAUGGAGAAAGCUCUGGAUCGGAUGACUCAGAGGCUGUAGAUCUGGAAGAUGAUGACAAUGAUGGCACCGAUAGCAACGACGACCACGCGGAUGAAGACAAGCAAAGCCAACAAGAAGACGACAAUGAUGUCGCAGAGGAGAGAGUACUCACGAAGAAAGACCGCAAGGACGCCUAUACUUCCUUUCUCUCAACACUAACUAAAUGUGUGAGCAUGGACUCAUUGUCCAAGGCACCAUUUACAAAGACGAUGUACCGAAGGAUCCUGAGUCUAUUUGUUGCCGAUCACCAAAACAACAAACCCCAAGAUCAUCACUUUAGCUACAUUUCAGUCGGAUGCAAGCCAAAUGUUACAGAGCUCGAAGACGGGACUACAGUCAUAAAGCAAAACUGUCCUCAGUGCCGAACGCUUGAUUUGUCUUCCUUGAAUACUUUCUUGAAUCAACAUUCACCAACAGAAGUGUCGUUGGAUUUGCAACUCGGGCAAAAAGGGGGCAGCAUACGCGCCGAGAGAGACCAUUUGCGGAAGUGGCUCGUGCGCGAUAACCCCACUGGGCCACACAUCAAGAUAUCGACCAGAAUGAGCCAGAUCAAAAAUGGCAUGCUGAUUACGAAAUGCGAUCCUGUCUACGACACCAAAGUGCGAGAGUGGCAGAUUGCGGGCGCUGAGCUUAAGAAACAGUUUUCCGAGAUUGGUGAAGAGCUAUUGAGGCAUUUGCUCGGCAAACACUUCGACGCUAUCAUGGCUCUCAAGCCAAUUGUCCUGUCAGAUCCAGUGACAGUGCCGAAGCGGCCAUUGCAGAUAUCGAAUCAAGUUUUCGAGGAUGAGGAACCUACGAGGAAAAGACUCAAGACUUCUUUGUAA